GCAAUUUGUCUGCGUGCGGAAGUUCCUUGGAGCGGUGCGUUCGACGCGUGGAGAGGCCUAAGAGCGGCUAAUUCAAUUUUGGACUCUUAACUGGUAAAAAUGGAUUCUAAGAAGGAGCUUGUUAGUGACCAGCGGUUUUCCCGCAUUACAAAAGACCCUAGAUUUUGGGAAAUGCCAGAAAAAGACCACAAGAUCAAAAUUGACAAAAGGUUUCGGGCCAUGUUUCAUGACAAGAAAUUCAAGUUGAAAUAUACUGUGGAUAAGCGAGGACGACCUAUUCAACACAGCUCUACAGAGGACUUGAAACGAUUUUAUGAUCUUUCUGAUUCAGAUUCUGAUCUUUCAGAGACUGAUCAUAAACGAACUGAGAAAGAAACUGAAGGAAAAAAGGUCAAGCCUAAAGGAAAGAGAGCCUCUGAGAAGUCUCCUGUUAAACAUAAAGAAAGCACAGUGACAGAUAAAAGUUCACCAGUCUCAAAAUCUGACAUUUUAAAAAAUGAUAGCCAGAAAAGUGCAUCAUUCAAGUCCAAAAAGAAUGUAAAAGACACACAUGUAACUGAGUUGCUACAAGAUGAAGAGCGUGUACCAAAAAAGCAAAACAAGCAAGGUGGAAUUGCUGCACCGAUCACAAGUCAGAAAUCUUCACAGAAGACUAUAAAAGAAAGUACAGUGAAAGAAUGCAGCAUAGAACAUUCUUCAGGCCCUAAAAGUACUGAAUUAGCAAAGGAAGUAGUUUCCUCUAUCAGUCAUGUGAACAAAAAAUAUUUAGAAAAUGAAACCAGCAAGGAUGAGGGGAACUUUGAUCUUGAAGAAUCGGAGGGCAGUGGAGAAAGUGAAGAGGAAAGUGAGUCAGAAGAUGAUGGACAUCUGGAAGAGGAAAGUGAUUUGGGAGAUGAUGGAGAAAUAAGAGAGGAAAGCGAAUCAGAAGAUGAAGAAGAAACUGGAGACGAAAGUCAGACUGAUGGUGAUGAAAGUGACAGCAGACCAGAUUUGGCGAGAGGGAAAGGCAAUAUAGAAACCAGUUCUGAGGAUGAAGAGGAGGAGGAUUUGACGGACAUAUUUCCAAAGGAGCCGGAAGUUAUACAUGAAUGGGGAGAACUGGCUAAAGACGCCCCUCGUGCAGAUAAGGUCACAUGUAGAUUGGCUGUUUGCAACAUGGAUUGGGAUCGAUUGAAAGCUAAGGACCUUCUGGCUUUACUUAAUUCGUUUACACCUAAGGGUGGCGUUAUUUUUUCUGUAAAGAUUUAUCCUUCAGAGUUUGGAAAAGAGAGAAUAAAGGAAGAGGAGGUGAAUGGCCCAGCAGAACUAUUAAGCCUUCCCAAGGAUGUCACAGAGAAGGAUAGUAUUUAUAAGGAGAAACUGCGAGACUAUCAGUUUAAACGACUGAGAUAUUUCUAUGCAGUGGCCGAAUGUGACUCUUCUGACACCGCCAGUAAAAUCUAUGAAGAGUGUGAUGGACUGGAAUUUGAAAGCAGUUGCUCUUUUGUGGACUUGAGAUUUAUUCCAGAUGAUGUGACAUUUGAUGAUGAGCCAAAGGACGUGGCCUCAGAAGUGGACGGAGCUGCUUACAAACCAAAGUUCUUCACAUCUGCUGCUGUGGCAACAUCAAAGGUAGACAUUACGUGGGAUGAGACGGAUCAUGAAAGAGUGACUUCCCUGAGCAAAACUUUUAAAAAAGAUGAACUUCUGGACAUGGACUUCCAAGCUUACUUGGCUUCAUCAAGUGAGGAAGAGGAGGAGGGGAGAGAAGAAGAACAAGGUGAUGGUGUAACUCACAGAGCAGACAGUGAUAAACGUAAGCACCACCCAAAGGAUGAUGAAGAGCAAACUGCAAAAUACAGAGAACUUCUUCGGAAUAUCCAGGAAAAAGAAAAGAAACAUCAAGAAACUGAUAUGGAAAUGGAGAUUAAGUGGGUUCCAGGACUUAAAGAAAGUGCUGAAGAAAUGGUAAGGAACAAGUUAGAAGGGAAGGAUAAACUGACUCCGUGGGAACAAUUUCUAGAAAAGAAGAAAGAGAAGAGGAAACUGAAGAAGAAACAGAAGGAUGCUGCUGAGGAAAUACUGUCUGGGGAUGAAUGCCCAUCUGAUGUUGAUUUGAAUGACCCAUACUUUGCUGAGGAACUUGGGAAAACAGGUUUGAAUAAGAAGAACAAGAAUGAAGAAAACAUCCAAGAAAAGGAAGGUGAUGCAGAGAAACAUAAGGCCGAAAUGGCUCUGCUGGUGAUGGAUGAGGAAGAGGAUGAAAGGAGACAUUUCAAUUAUGACAAGAUAGUGGAACAGCAAAACCUGAGCAAAAAGAAGAAAAAGAUAUUAAUGAAAAAGAAGGAACUGCUGACGGAUGACUUCCAGGUAAACGUUGCUGAUGCCAGAUUCCAAGCUAUGUAUACUUCCCAUCUGUUUAAUUUGGAUCCUUCAGAUCCAAACUUUAAGAAAACCAAAGCAGUUGAAAAGAUUUUAGAGGAGAAAACUCGCCGAAGAGAGCAGGGCUUGACGGAGGCAACUGGGAGACAGGACGAUACAGCAGAGAGGGAAUCUGCUGCCAGGAGAUCCAUAGAUCCCGCAUUGUCAAUGCUAAUCAAAUCCGUCAAGAAUAAAACGGAACAAUUCCAAGCACGGAAGAAACAGAAACUCAAAUAAGUGGAAAUCUAAUGUUGAAGAUGAAAACUAUAGACUGCUAACGACAUCAGAACUUACGUUGGUUUAAGAAUAAAUACCAUCUUGCUCUGAUGCCUUCUCCAACUUUUCUGUCAGUUGAGGCAUUAAAUGCUUGCAAAAAAAAAAAACUUGCCAAAAGAAUUGCAAACAAGCUUAUCCUAAAAACAGAUGUAAUAUAGCUGAAGAUGUUUGACAGGGUUUGUUUUCAUUAAAAAAAGAAGAAGCAAGUUUUGUGAUUGUUAUAAUAUGGCAGCUGGUGUUGACUCUUGGGAGUUGGCAUAAGCUUUAGUUAAGAUUUCCCUCCCAAUGGUGUAUUUCAUAUUUUAAAGAUCUGCAAGAAUGCUAGUAUAAUGGACUAAUUGAAAUACAAAUUUAAAACAGCGAAGUUACAAUUAAAUUUAGGUUGUCACCUGGCAUCUGAAAGAAUAUAGUGUAGGUGCCAGGCGAGCCUCCUUAGGGAGCUCAUUCCACAGCCGCGGUGCCACAGCAGAGAAGGCCCUCUUCCUGGUAACCACCUGCCUCACUUAUUUAUGGAAGAACUGUGUGGAGAUUUUUAGUUGCUCAAUGUACAGAUUACAUGUAUAGAAUAUAGAAUUCUACUAUGUAAUACAGGGAUGGGUGACUUGAUAAUCAGGUGUGAAGGAAAUAAAAUGCAGCUCCAAAUUUUUAAAGCUAAACCCGGCAUAUGACUGUGGUGAAUAUUCUGGAUGGGCGGCUACAAUGCCAGAGUAUCCUUGAUGAGUAGGGGGUAGAAAUAUAAAUUUGAUGGGCCAACAUGACCACACCUUCUUAGCCAAAACAAACAAAAAACACUCCAAAUUUCCUGUUCUGGAACAACAGUGGUUAUUAACCUCUGAGCAUGCUUCAAACCACCUAAAAGAGUGAAUAAAUUUGGUUACAGAUAAACCAGCACUAAUUACAUAAAAUAUGAGAAGGUUAGGUUCAGUGAUAGAGCCUCCGCUUUACAUGCAAAAGGUCCCCAGUUCAAUCCCCACCAUCUCCAGGUAGGGCUGGAAAAAUUCCUGCUUGAAACCCUGGAGAGCCACUGCUGCCAGCCAGUGUUGACAGUACUGGGCUAGAUGGACCAAAAGUCUGACUCCGUAUAAGGCAGCUUCCUAUGUUCCUAAGUUCUCAACCUUAUUUUUAGAGUUGUCCGGGGGCUAUUACAUGCUGGCCCCAAGGACAUGGUAGAAUCAUCUGAGGCCCGCUGUAAUGAAUUUGCCAGGCACUUCCAGAAUAAAAUCUUUUGCAUCCGCCAGGACUUAGACUCCAGUGUUAUAGCAGGUGAAUCUAGUGAGGUGUCCAGAGUACAGUCUUGUCCUGUAAUCUUGGAUGAGUUUCAGUUGGUCCAGCUCGAGGAUGUUGACAAGGUGCUUGGACAGGUCCACGCAACCACCUCUGCUCUGGAUCCUUGCCCCUCUUGGCUAAUAAAAGCUAGUAGGGAUGGAACAGCCAGCUGGGCCAAGGAGGUGAUUAAUGCCUCUCUACGAGAGGGAGUGGUCCCAGACCGUCUGAAAGAGGCAGUAGUGAGACCACUCCUGAAGAAAACUUCCUUGGACCCGGAAAAUCUUAGUAAUUACAGGCCGGUAGCAAAUGUUCCAUUCCUGGGCAAGGUCCUUGAGCGGGUGGUGGCGGGACAGCUCCAGACACUUUUGGAUGAGACUGAUUAUCUGGAUCCAUUUCAGUCGGGUUUCAGGCCUGGUUUUGGCACGGAAACAGCCUUGGUCGCCCUGUAUGAUGACCUAUGUCGGGAGAAAGACAGGGGGAGUGUGACUCUGUUGAUUCUCCCUGAUCUCUCAGCGGCUUUCGAUACCAUCGACCAUGGUAUCCUUCUGGAAUGUCUGGCUGAGUUGGGAGUGGGGGGCACUGCAUUGCAGUGGUUCCGCUCCUACUUAGCAGGACGGCUCCAGAAGGUGGUGCUUGGGGGACAUUGCUCGGCCCCGUGGACUCUUCGGUAUGGGGUUCCACAGGGGUCGGUCUUGUCCCCCAUGCUGUUUAACAUGUACAUGAAACCGUUGGGUGCAGUCAUCCGGAGUUUUGGAGUGCGCUGUCAUCAGUACGCUGACGACACACAGCUCUACUGCUCCUUUUCAUCCUCAUCAGGUGUGGCUGUGGAUGUGCUGAACCGGUGCUUGGCUGCGACAAUGGACUGGAUGAGGGCUAAUAAACUGAAGCUCAAUCCAGACAAGACUGAGAUGCUGCUGGUGGGUGGUUCCUCUGAUCGGAUGGGGGGUGUUCAACCGGUUCUGGAUGGGGUUGCACUCCCCCUGAAGGAGCAGGUUCGUAGCUUGGGGGUUCUCCUAGAACCAUAUUUGUCACUUGAGGCACAGGUGGCCUUGGUGGCACGGAGUGCCUUCUACCAACUUCGGUUGGUGGCCCAGCUAUGCCCCUAUCUGGACAGGGAUAACCUAGCUUCAGUUGUCCAUACUUUGGUAACUUCCAAAUUAGAUUACUGCAAUGCCCUCUACAUGGGGCAGCCUUUGAAGACGGUCCGGAAGCUGCAGCUUAUGCAAAAUGCGGCAGCCAGAUUGAUAGCUGGAACAGGGAGGUUUGAGCAUAUAACACCGAUUCUGGCCCGCUUGCAUUGGCUGCCUAUAUGUUUCCAAGCCCAAUUCAAGGUGCUGGUCUUAACCUAUAAAGCCCUACAUGGCUUGGGACCACAAUACCUGAUGGAACGCCUCUCCCGACAUGAACCUACCCGUACACUGCGCUCAACAUCUAAGGUCCUCCUCUGAGUGCCUACUCCGAGGGAAGCUCGGAGGAUGGCAACAAGGGAGAGGGCCUUCUUGGUGGCCCCCCGACUGUGGAAUGAUCUUCCCGAUGAGGCUCGCCUGGCGCCAACGUUGUUAUCUUUUCGGUGCCAGGUCAAGACUUUUCUCUUCUCCCAGGCAUUUUAACAGCAUUUAACAACGUUAAGUUUGUUUUUAAUCGACCCCAGAAUUGUUGUUUUUAAAUGGAUACUGUUGUUUUUAUACUGUUUUUAUGUUUUUUAGAUUUUUGUAUACUUUUAAUGUUUACUAUUUUUAAUUGUUGUAAACUGCCCAGAGAGCUUCGGCUGUGGGGUGGUAUAUAAAUGUAAUUAAAUAAAUAAUAAAUAAAUAAUUGAUAACUUCAAA